UUUAUUUUAAAUUUUGGUUUAUCCUUUAAUAGUUUCUAGUUGAGUUUCCAGGCAAACAUAAAAGAUACUUUUUUAACUUCGUUGAUACCUGUUUAAAAUGAAUAGCAGAUAUGAAUGCGGCGAUUUUUCUCAAUUUCAGGAAGAGCUGAAAAAGAUGCGAGACUUGGAUGAUAAAAUCGUAUAUGCACUGAAUACCUCAUUACCGACUGAGUCCUUUAAAGGUCAGGUUGAUCCGGAAGCCAAAUGUCGUGAACUGCAUCGGCAGCUUCAGACAGGCUACAGUCACCGGCAGGAAGCAAUUAAGAAUUGCAUUGUUCUUUGUGCGGAUACCGUCAAACAACUCAAAGAGAAACGGGAGGACACUCGGGACGACGUUGCAUUGAACAAACAAUUUAAGACCGAACAACGAAAGUUACGUUUGCUCCAAGCCGAGCUCAGUGUGGAGGACAUAAUCCGUGAGCGCACGCAGAAAGCUUUCCGAGAGCGAUGUAGACUGUUUGUGAACUUGGAUUCCUUAUAGAACAUCGCCGCUAAGGAAAAUUCGCUGUUGUAACACUCAAACAAUAAGCUAUCUUGCAAUAACAAUGUAAAGGAAGCGAUAUGUCCCGCUGCAGAACUGGAUGGACUAUUUGAUGGCAUUUAUUAGCAUGAUUUCGUCUAAACUGGGAUUCGGUGGAGUUUCGUAAUGAUAUACAUUCAAAGUGAAUUGAAAAAGACAGCGUUGUUCUCUUUGUUGUACCGUACAUCUAGAGCAGAUUGUCAAAUUUAUUUCGAUAGUGAAAAAUAUAGUUAGCCGUUUAG